GAUUCCUGCUGCAUGGCAGCAACACCAAGACCUCCCGGCAUGCUUCAUGACCAAAGGCAAUACCGACCAAUCCUAAGGGAAGCAGACCUCGGUAAACUCUGAUUGGACGAGGCUCACGGAAGCGCAAUUUUUGAAUGUGCGGCUCAGCUUGGCCGCGGGAUGAUCGAUAGGUCGGAAUUACUUCGUGUGAAUUUUCGGCGGCUGGGAAAUAAUUUCUGCAGAUUUUAUUCAAGAGAUCUGAUAACUUCAGUUUUGGUAUUGUUCUAAACCAAGACCAACAUGUCAUCCCAAAUCUCUUUGAGUAAAAAAGAAGAAAAGGCCAAGAAUAUACAAGUGGUUGUACGAUGCAGGCCCCUCAGUUUAUCAGAACGCAAGUCAAAUGCCACCAAUGUGGUUGAUUGUGACCCAAUCAAACGAGAAGUUGCAGUGCGUAACUCUGCACUGGGAAAUGAGAAGAGUGCCAAAAAAUACACGUUUGACAUGGUGUUUGGACCUGCAGCUAAGCAAAUUGAUGUCUACAAAAGUGUGGUGUACCCCAUCCUGGAUGAAGUAAUCAUGGGGUACAACUGUACUAUUUUUGCAUAUGGACAAACUGGUACUGGGAAGACCUUUACAAUGGAAGGUGAAAGGUCGCAAAAUGAACAAUUCACUUGGGAAGAAGAUCCUUUGGCAGGCAUCAUUCCUCGUACUCUGCAUCAGAUUUUCGAGCGGCUGGCAGCUCAAGGUGCUGAGUUCUCUGUGAAAGUUUCUUUGUUGGAAAUCUAUAACGAGGAGCUCUUUGACCUUCUGAGCCCCUCGACUGAUGUUGGUGAGAGGCUGCAAAUGUUUGAUGAUCCUCGUAAUAAGAGAGGAGUUAUAAUUAAAGGACUUGAAGAGAUUUCUGUCCAUAAUAAAGAUGAAGUUUAUCAGAUUCUGGAGAGGGGAGCAGCAAGAAGGACAACAGCAGCAACUUUGAUGAAUGCAUACUCAAGUCGUUCGCAUUCAGUCUUUUCCAUUACAAUACAUAUGAAGGAGACAACUCUUGAUGGGGAAGAGCUUGUAAAAAUUGGCAAACUGAACUUAGUGGAUCUUGCUGGGAGUGAAAAUAUUGGCCGUUCUGGAGCUGUGGAUAAACGAGCUCGUGAGGCUGGCAAUAUAAAUCAGUCACUACUUACUCUGGGAAGAGUAAUCACAGCAUUGGUUGAGAGAACCCCUCAUGUACCAUACAGAGAAUCGAAGCUUACCAGGAUUCUUCAGGACUCGCUUGGAGGACGGACUAAAACCUCCAUCAUUGCCACCAUUUCCCCUGCUUCCAUGAAUCUUGAAGAAACCAUGAGCACUCUGGAUUAUGCCUAUCGUGCAAAGAACAUAUUGAAUAAACCUGAAGUGAAUCAGAAGCUUACUAAGAGGGCCUUGAUUAAGGAGUACACAGAGGAGAUUGAGAGACUGAAGCGGGAUCUUGCUGCAGCACGUGAGAAAAAUGGGGUAUACAUGUCUGUAGAAAACUAUGAAUUCAUGCAGAGUAAAGUGACUGUUCAGGAAGAGACAAUUAAUGACUAUGUAGAAAAGAUCGCUGCUAUGGAGGAGGAGCUGAAACGGGUUAAUGAGCUAUUUCUGGAUGGCAAGAAAGAGCUUGAGCAGUGUAUGUCUGAACUGCAACAGCGAGAGCAGGUGCUUCAGGAGACUUGGCAAGAUUUGGAGCUGACCAAAGGAAAGCUGUCUGAAGAAGAAUUUGUCUGCGAUGCCCACGCUCAUACUGAACAAAAGCUCUACAGUACAGCCAGUGAGUUGCUGCAAGUGGUUGAAGUGAGUACAAGAGAUGUGUCUGGUCUCCACGCUAAGCUUGACCGUAAAACAAAUGUUGAAUUUCAUAACCGUAAAGCUCAGAAGGCCUUCCUGAAACACAUGAAUGACCUGUUCACUGAAAUGCAGACAAAAACUGAUGAAACCCGUGUUAAGCAGUGGGGAAUGCUAGAUUUCUAUGCAAAGUCAAUAGGUGACCUUGUGGGUGCAAAUGCCUCUGCAUUAAGUUCUGCCAUGUCAUCAAUGGCUACAGCAUAUUCAUCAAUGAAGAAUGUGAUAUCUUCUGAGGUAUCGCAAGGUCUUCAGGAAUUGCUAAAACAAGAGAGUAUGACUGAGCAGUCGCUAGAUUGCUUACAGAAGGCCCUGGCUGACCACAAGCGAGAAACAGAAAAGAUGUUCAAGAAGAAUUUACAGCCCAUGGUUGCCAGCAUAUUAGAACUGAACAAUUGUCUCAAACUGAACUUUGAGACCUAUUCUGGCAUGGCAGAGAAGAUGGAAGUUAUGAAAAUGGAAACCGAUGCAUUCUUUGGUCAACACAGUAAAAGACUUAAUAAAUUACAGGAGAGCAUUUGCAGUGCUCUGGAUGUGAUUCAAAAUGAGAAUGGGGAACUGAGGCAAGAACUAGAGAAAAUGCAGCAAGAACAGAUGGAGGGUAUUUCAAACGUCAUCUCAAAUCUACAGAGUCAGCUUGGUAUGCUAGUUCAUCAGACCCAGAAGAGUUUUGAUAGUCUUCUAACUCAGAAUGGAAAUGUACAACAUUCAUUGACUAUGCUUCAGGAAAAGGUGCAUUUUCAAUCUGCAGAAGUUAUGGAGGGUGCUACAUCUCAUCAAGAGAAUCUUGCCACCUCUUUAGCUGGUUUUGCAAAUGAAAUUAGAAAUGCAUCCUAUGAGGGGAUAAAGACUGCAGAUCAGUUGAACGUUAAUUGCCAGCAGCUCGGCUCCAGCAUGCUGGUCCUUUGCCAGGAAAGCAGCCAGUGGUGUGAAUCAACAGAGGGCACUGUUGACAUGUUACGUCAGGAUCAAGUAUCUUCUUUUGACAUUAACAAAAGGCAGCUGAGGAACGUCGAGCAGACUGUGAAUGAGAAUUGUGACCCCCUCAUCACCAAGAUCACAGAACAAUUGAAAGAACAGUGUGAUGCAGAGGAAUCAGUACUCUCCACCAUACUUGCACAAGUUAAUGAUGAUAAAAGGGAAGUGACACAAUACUUAGAAGAGCUAACUGUACAAGCUCAGGCAGGAUUAGAUGGUGUCUUUAACUUUUUAAAAGAAGAACUCCGACAGGACAUUCCCACAGGUACCACUCCACAGAGGAAAGAUUAUCCAUACCCACACGUCCUCUCCAGAACAGAGCCACGUGACGUCUUGGUUGCUGAAUACAAGUUACAGCAGCAGGAACUGCAGAGUUCUCUGGCUGCUGCCAUGCAUCUCCAAGAGGAAACCAUUCCUGAGCAGGACACUGUGGAAGAUGAACAAAUGAGCACAAGUAAUGACAGCUUUGCCAGUGAGAAAAUGAGUACUGAGGAUUUCUGCCAUAGUGGUGGUGCCCCAUUCUUCCAGCACAAGAAAAGCCACAAAAAAGACAAGGAAAAUAAACAUACUGCCAAUUCUGACCAGUCAAAAUCCAUGGAGGACAAUUCAGUCCUAUCAGUAGCAAAAUCGAAAUUACCGCUUCGGGUGCAUAAUUAAUAUUGCUACAUGGCUCUAAUUUUAAUUGCAUCUUCAACAUCAGGGUUUGCUGUGUUCCUAUGGUUUUUGCUGUCUAUUUUGUUUUUCAGUGCUUUGAAAUACUAAUAUCCUAAGAUACUGCAUCACCCAAUCCUUGCCUCAUUCUUGUACAUUCUAUCAUUUUAAAUGUUCUUUUAAUAUUCUGUACUAUUUUCCUUUAAUUGUUUAAACACUUCCUGCUUCCUGUCACAAUACAACUUCUACUGGGUUAUCCAAUUUUUAUAUCAAUUUUCGAUUAAUUUUGUAUCUUAAUACCAAUGUAUUUUGUUGUGUAUAUACUUGUUUCUAAUUAGGAAAAGAAAUAAAUGCUCCAAUAUUGUUUCAAACAAUCGUCUGUGUAAACGCAGUAGACUAUGUGCAGUGAAAGUUCACGUUGUUGUUGGUGUUCUUUUUAAACAAAAACGAAUAAAGUAAUAGGACCAGA